AUGAAAAUCUGGACUGGACACUCGCCGGGAACACCACCGACGAACGUUCAGGCAUGGGGAAUCUCCGACACCUCAUUUAAAGCAACAUGGUUACCGCCCAGUCAACCAAAUGGUCGCUUAACAGGAUACCGCUUGUACCUGACAACUGACUUACAAAAAGGAAAGUGGCGAUAUGUGGUGUCAGGAGAGAAUCAAACUAUAGUCAGAGGAUUACAGGAAAAGACUACAUAUUAUUACACAUUAAAUGCGUACAACAGAAUUGGCGAGGGGCCUUUCACUGCGAAGUAUGUUGUAAAGACCUCAAAAGGAGCACCCGGGCAGCCUAAAAAUGUGCGUGUAGUAGUACUGUCAUCAAGAUCCAUUGAGGUCACGUGGAAAGCUCCGACUUUCACUGGUCACGGUAUAUACGGCUAUGAAGUUUAUUUCAACAAAUCACGCAGUACUGUUGACACUUUCACGCUUCUAAAUAACGUAUUUGGUCACGAGAUAAGAGGACUUCGCCCACACACCUACUACCGGGUUCAAGUGGCCGCCAGAUCUAGUGACAUUGGGCCAUUAUCGUUCUCCAAGGUCGUGAAAACAUUGGAAGACGUUCCAAGUGCUCCUCCAGCUAACAUUCGCAGCACA